GACGGAGCUGGUGUACGGUGCUUGCUGGCCGAAGGGUUUAGGGUGUAUGCCUGCCGAUGGGCGUGGCCGAUUGCCCGUUUCGCUGCCCUCUCUCUCUCGUGGGCCUUUGACCUCUUCCUCUGCUGCGUGCGUGUCGCUUCUGUUUCGGUUCCGGUCUCGUUCUUCGCAGCCUCCGUGGGAAUCGAGCGACUCUUGAAUUGACAUCUGCGUGAGUCGAGCUGCGAGCUGCAAGGUGCAGGGGAUUUCGGGACCAUGGACGUGGUCAUGGCGAAUCCCACCAACAACAUCAUCAGCGUUUUGACCGACCCCGAGGGUCGCAAUUUGGGCACUACCUUCGACUUGCCUCAGGAUGCUGGGCCGAAGGAGCUCCAUGCGCUCGUCAACGCUGUUCUUCAAAAUGAGGAAAAACUCCCGUACGCUUUCUACAUCGACGAUCAUGAACUUCUGGGGCCGCUUGGAGCGCAUUUGCUGAAGAACAAAGUUUCUGUGGAGCAAGUUCUACGUAUCGUUUGUCAGCCGCAGGCUGUAUUUCGAAUUCGACCUGUCACCCGAUGCUCAGCAACGAUUUCUGGUCACAGUGAGGCCAUAUUAUCCGUGGCUUUCAGCCCAGACAGCAAGCAGCUGGCAAGCGGCUCUGGUGAUACCUCUGUACGCUUUUGGGAUAUAAAUACUCAAACUCCUCUACAAACGGAAUUAGGCCAUAAGAACUGGGUUCUCUGCAUAGCGUGGUCCCCAGAUGGUAAAUACCUGGUGACCGGAAGUAAGGAUGGUGAGAUACGCGUAUGGGAUCCGUCAACAGGCAAACCUACUGGGGUAGCCUUAAACGGACACAAGAAAUGGAUCACAGCACUGGUAUGGGAGCCCGCUCAUUUGGAGAGUCCCUGCAGGCGAUUUGCGAGUUCAAGCAAGGAUGGAGACGUGCGUAUUUGGGAUGCAGUGCUUCGGAAGUGUGUCAUUAUCCUCACAGGUCAUACCUUGGCAGUGACGUGUGUUAAAUGGGGUGGGGAUGGACUUAUCUACUCUAGUUCGCAGGACUGCACGAUAAAGGUGUGGGAGACGACACAAGGAAAGCUUGUGCGAGAAUUGAAGGGACAUGGACACUGGGUAAAUACACUUGCCCUGAGCACCGAAUAUGUCUUACGAACGGGUCCAUUUGAUCACACUGAGAAAACUUACAAGUCAGCUGAUGAGAUCAAGCAGGCUGCGCUUGCAAGGUACAAUGUGGCCAAAAAGGACUCACCCGAAAGGCUGGUCUCUGGAUCAGAUGACUUCACUAUGAUUCUGUGGGAGCCCGCUGUCAGUAAGCAAGUUAAAGCGCGCAUGACCGGACAUCAGCAGUUGGUGAAUCAUGUGUACUUCUCGCCUGAUGGUCGAUGGGUCGCUAGUGGAUCCUUCGACAAAUCUGUCAAACUUUGGGACGGAUACACUGGGAAGUUUAUUGCGACAUUUAGAGGACAUGUUGGACCUGUCUAUCAAAUAAGUUGGUCUGCCGACAGUAGACUCCUCUUGAGUGGCAGCAAAGACUCAACGAUGAAAAUAUGGGAAGUACGAACACUGAAGCUGAAAGAAGACCUUCCUGGACACGCAGAUGAGGUGUACACAGUCGAUUGGAGUCCUGAUGGAAGGAAGGUAGCCUCAGGAGGAAAGGACAGGCAGCUGAAACUGUGGAUGAGCUGAUGAGAAAACCUUGAUUUGCGGCACAGGAAGGAGAUACUUUUUUGUAUCUCCCGUUAUUGUUUUAACUUGUAGAGUUCUGCCCUUUGAUUCUUGAUCACAAGGGUAGAUACUUGAGCUUCGGUCUGUGACUAUCUUGUAAUUACUAACCAAUCAUAUCAGGAAAUCUUCCUGUUCGAGAUGCUUCAGUUUAGAUUUAUUGAGAUUAUAGCAGUAGAAAGUUUUGUUAGCAAGAGUAGUAUCGUGGCUCUAUAGGAACGAAAUCUUUAGGGCUGGUCGUGAUUGUAAAAUCGUCAGACAUAAUUCCUUUGGCUAUGAUGAAGUGGAUGUGA